AUGACUUCAAAUCAAAUUGCCACAAUGGAAGAUGGCAAAGAGACUGUCAGUAUUUUAAAUAUUGAAUCUUUAGAUGAUACAAGUGAUGUGCAAUCAAUUGUCACUAUUCCUGAUGAGGAACCAACUCAAUCUACAUCUGGCUCAAAUAAAAAUCUAGAUGUUCAAAUCCGUUCACAAGAGCUACGAAUCAGAGAGGUUGUUGCUUUAGGGUGUAUUUGCGAUGCAAUUAAAAAUGCAUCUAAAGCCCAAGUAGAUGUGUCUAAAGCCCAAGGAGACAUCUGUAAAGGAAAAAGCUAUUGGAAAAACACGGAAAGCGUUUUGGAUGUACUUCGAGAACCUCUUUCAGUAGUAAAACGUGUUGCAGUUGCAUUACAUUAUUUAGCUUCAUGUGAAGAGUAUCGUGUUGUGUCUAGCCUUUUUGGCAUAGGAAAGUCAACAGUAAAUUUAAUUGUUCAUGAAUUUAUUAAUGCUGUUAAUGACAUUUUGCUCCCUAAGUAUGUUAAAUUUCCUUUGUCAGUGGAAAAUUUAAAUAAACAUAGUAGAGAUUUUAAAGCUAUUCUUGGUUUUUCACAAUGCGUUGGAGCUGUUGAUGGAUGCCACAUCCCUAUUUCAGCCCCUAAAAAUCAAGCAAUUUCUUAUUAUAAUUAUAAAAGGUGGUAUUCCAUUGUACUUUUUGCCGUUGUAGACUGUCGAUACCGUUUCAUUUAUACAAGUGUUGGAUCGCCUGGUAGAAAUAAUGACAGCUAUAUUUUGCAGAAUUCUUCUUUGAAAGCAAUUUUAGAAUCAAAUCUAUUUGAUAAAUGUUGUAAAGAGCUGGGCAAUUCUCUUGUUCCGCUAUGUUUCAUAGGUGAUUCAGCAUUUCCUUUAACGCGUCAUUUGUUAAAACCUUAUCCUGAGAAUUUGGAGCUUAGUGAAAUUCAAAAAAAUUUCAAUAAAAUACUUUGCGGAGCUAGAAGAGUAGUUGAGAAUGCUUUUGGGCGCGUUAAAGCUCGAUUCCGUGUAAUUUGCAAACGUUUGGAAUGCGAUAUUAACUUUGCUACAAGAAUUAUUAAUGCUUGUGUCACUCUUCACAACAUUUGUGAAUAUUAUGACGAUAUUAUUAUAAUAAUAUGGCUUAUGCAUCAUCAUGAUGACAGUCUAGCUCAACCAAAUACAGUUUCUACAACUGGGAACAAUAGACCAGGAAAAAAUGUUCGUGACUCAAUUGCUAAAUACCUUUAUGAAAGGGACAAGUAA